AUGCUAAGUCAAUCAAUAACAUUUAGACAAAAUCCAGAAAGUAGAAGAGAAACAUUAAAUAAUACUCCUAUACCAUUAAAAGAACAAAGGGAACCACUCGACUUCUUAGAGAUAGAUGAUACUUAAAUCUUACAGUUCUAGGCACUUGAUGAUAAUGAACAAGACUUAUGCGAAAAUUACAGUGCUAUUAGUGAUAAUAACUAUUUUUCAUUUGGAGCUCCUUCAUAGCACAAUAAGAAGAAACUAGACCUCUCAACUCCAAGAAUAUGGCAAGACGAUGACGCCACAGAAAGAUAAGAUUCUGACAAUUCAGGCUUGUCUCCAUUAAAAUUAUUGGCACCAGAGAAUAGAUUUCUCAUAUCUGUUUCAUCAAAUUCUAAUAUCCAGACUUUAGAAGACUAAAGCCCCUACUAAAUUGAUUAAAAAACGAUAAAUCAGUAUUAGAAACUCAGUGCUCUAAAAUCAAGUUAUUGCUCAUAUAUCAUAAUGGGAUCCCCUAAAGACAAUAACGUGUAUCUUUAAUAUAAUAUGAGUCAAGCCAAGAAAAGAGAAGAAAUAGCCUUUUCUCCAGUCAAGUUAAAGAAUAUAUCUGAUGGACAUAAAAAAUCAGUGAAUCAAUCAGAGAUUUCAUCAAUAGAGGCAUCAUAAUUAGUUAGACCCUACAGAUAUGAUCAAAAUAAGGCUUAGACUAUGAAUACAGAAGUUGAUGAUAUCCAAAAUACAUACGGGGGUAAUGGUAAUGAUUCAUAUGGAAAAAGUUAUAACAACUAUCGCUAAAGAUUCUACAAUGAUUCAUCAUAACAAAGCAAUUUAAUAGAUUAAAAUCCCAAUCCAGAAAUAACUACAUCUAGUGUGAUUUUGAAUACGAUGUCAUAAGGCCCUAUCCUCCUGGACCUCAAAUAAGGUUAACAGAGAGGACUCAUUAUCAUAGAUCCAUAUAAGGGCAUAAAGAAAAGCUUACAGAGGCACCCGAGUUUAACUAUGGAAUCUGUAAAAAGUAACGAGGAAAUGGAUGAGCAAGGUGUAUCAUCAGUAAAGACAAGUUCAAAGUUGAGACCAGAUUUCUCAUCAUAUAAUAGUAGUCCCAACAAAGCAGAUUAAACCUAAGUUUAGAGAUUUAGCUCAUUUUAUGAGAGAUAAUCAACUAUGAUGGCUAAAUAUAACAAGUGUCAAAGAGGUACUGAUGAAAGAAGUAAGCUGUCCCAGAAUUUCAGAGUGAAUUCUUUCUAAAGACCAUUCAAUACAACAUUCAUCACACAAAAUGAUCUAUCUACAGGAGUACAGACAACAGUUCAAAGAGUCUCUAGAUCACCAUUAAAGUAUGGAAAUCACAGAGCUGACACUCUUGCAGGUUAUGUCUAGGAUAAGUACCUCUAAAAGAAUCAAAAGAUACUUGAGGUCUAUGAAGACAUUCUGAGUGAGUUACUCAGUCCUUAAUCUAAACUAAAGCUUGAGAAAAAAGUAUCAGACAUAAUGAAUGACAGUUCUUGA